AUGCACGCGUGCUUUGUAGUUGCGUUUUCUCUCCUGUUUGCUUCUGCCACAUCUCUUCAGUGCUACCUUGGCUACGCCCUUCUCAGAGGUUCUACAAUUGGAAAUGGAACGAAGACCUGCGGCAGGGAUUCCGACUACUGCUACUACGCAUCGGCCUCGAUUUUCUCCUUAACUACUUUCCAAAAGGCCGGCUGUAAUAGCUUGAUUUGUCAGUUUAUCCCACCACAAAGAUGCUUCAAGCAGAGCUUUUUUGGAAUGCCAGUGAAUUUCUGUUGUUGUAGGGACAAGGAUUUGUGCAAUGGAGAGGAUAUGACGCGGAUCCUGUCCGAAUGA